AUGUCGCACCGCAAGUACGAGGCCCCUCGCCAUGGCUCUCUGGCUUUCCUGCCGCGGAAGCGCGCUGCCCGCCACCGUGGCCGGGUCAAGUCCUUCCCUAAGGAUGACCCCAAGAAGCCCGUCCACCUGACCGCCGCCAUGGGCUACAAGGCCGGCAUGACCACGAUCGUCCGCGAUCUCGACCGCCCUGGCGCCAAGGCCCACAAGAAGGAGGUCGUUGAGGCUGUGACAAUCAUUGACUGCCCACCUAUGGUGGUUGUGGGUCUGGUCGGGUAUAUCGAGACCCCUCGUGGCCUCCGCUCCCUGACCACUGUCUGGGCUGAGCAUCUGUCGGACGAGGUCAAGCGCCGCUUCUACAAGAACUGGUACAAGAGCAAGAAGAAGGCAUUUACCAAGUACGCCAAGAAGUACGCCGAGAACAACGGUGCCUCCAUCACCCGCGAGCUGGAGCGUAUCAAGAAGUACUGCACCGUUGUCCGCGUCCUGGCGCACACCCAGAUCCGCAAGACUCCUCUCAAGCAGAAGAAGGCCCACCUCAUGGAGAUCCAAAUCAACGGUGGCUCUGUCGCCGACAAGGUCGAGUUUGGCCGCAGCCUGUUCGAGAAGCCUGUCACGAUCGAUACCAUCUUCGAGAAGGACGAGAUGAUCGACGUCAUUGCCGUCACCAAGGGUCACGGCUUCGUUGGUGUCACCGCUCGCUGGGGUACCAAGAAGCUGCCCCGCAAGACUCACAAGGGUCUCCGCAAGGUUGCUUGCAUUGGUGCCUGGCACCCGUCCCACGUCCAAUGGACUGUUGCCCGUGCUGGUCAGAUGGGUUACCACCACCGUACCUCGGUCAACCACAAGAUCUACCGCAUCGGCAAGGGCGACGACGAGGCCAACGCCUCGACCGAGACCGAUCUCACCAAGAAGAAGAUUACCCCCAUGGGUGGCUUCGUUCGCUACGGCGAGGUCAACAACGACUACGUCAUGAUCAAGGGUUCUGUCCCUGGUGUUAAGAAGAGGAUCAUGACUCUCCGCAAGUCUCUUUUCACCCACACCUCUCGCAAGGCCCUCGAAAAGGUCGAGCUCAAGUGGAUCGAUACUUCGUCCGAGUUCGGCCACGGUGCCUUCCAGACCGCGGCCGAGAAGAAGCAGUUCAUGGGUACCCUCAAGAAGGACCUGCAGACCAGCGCUUAA